AUGGCCGUUGAGAUCAAAGGAGAAGAAAUUGCUUCGGUCGUCUACUCCUGGCGCAAUGCUUCCGACGCAUCCUAUCGCGAAAAAGCAAAAGCCUCCGACGUCGCAAGUGAGAAUCACACAGUUCUCCUAAUCAACAAUGUGCUACGACACAUUCUUCAUAUUGCUCAGCGACCGGGUGACAUCGGCGCUCUUGAGCACCGUGAACCAAAGAGAAUGUCCUACAACACUGCCAGCAAAGCCAAAAAAGUAAUCAGGUUUUACAAUAAUCAACCUGCCAUUGACGACAACGUCCUCGCUCAGAUGUCAUGCGAAGCCAUCGUGGCCAAGAUGAGUCACCGCAAAGAAGUGUGUUCUGGUAGCGUCUUCGUUAUACACAUCGCAGGGCGUUUUGUUUGCUUUCUUCAAUUCAACAUAUCCGACGCCUACAGAGCCGACUUCCGGAAUGGUCGAAUUCCUAGCAACCCUUUGGCGGUCUAUAUGACGAAGUGGUUCGACAUCUCGAAACGAGGCGGAAGAUCGGGCAUUAUAGAGAACGCCUGCGGCUUGAUCAAUGUGUCGCUAGAAUAG